UAUGAUGCCGUUUCUAAUGUAAACAAAGGGACGUGCGUUGGUAUAAGUCACUGUUACGUUUAUAAAUGUACAUAAUGACUGAAAUGACAUGGUAUAUUGUACAAACAAGGUGUUAUCAUAAUUAGUACAUGCACAGCCUGUAUUGUGUAACAUUAUGUCUGCCAAUUAUAGACAAAAACAAACUUGAGCAGACAAAUAAAUAAUGACUGAUCCCGUGUCACCUUGAGAAAUUGACAAGCGUGUAUAGUAUCAGUAAGUAAAGCGAUAAAAUGACCCGGAUUUACCGAUAUAAAUAGAAUCGGUUAACCUUACGCUUGGAUAACAUCAAUACCUUAUCGGUGAACAAGCAAAAUGUUAAGGAUAUUGUAUUAUUAGUUGUAACAGCAGAUGGCAAAAUUUGUGUCACUUAAAAGAAGUAAAAGCGAGCAGGAUUUAAACGAUUCGCCAACAUCGGAGGAGAAAACACACAAUGGGAUUAAACUUCUGGUUCAGUUAGCUGAAGGCGACCUUCCGGUACUCGAAUUUCUGAACGACUAUAUACAAGACUUUUUAGACUGCAGUUACCAUGGAAACACGGAAUUUUACCUGCGAUCUCAUCAAUUUGUCUCACAACUGGAGCAGUUCUACCGCGAAAAGAACUCCCAGUGCCCAUAUUAUCUUAUAUCCUUUUUCCGGCACAUAAUUACUCUUGUAUCAGAGACGUUGUUUCUUUCUGCGUCAAGUGACGUUUGUAAAGUUGCGGUAGACUCAGUCGUCGUUACUUCACCCAGGGUCAAGGUCAGAUUACGAGAUUUACGAGCAAACGUGGCUGAAAUUCAGGACUUGACUAUUAAACUAGAAAUUGAUAUAAUAAGGCAUUUAAAAGACAGUAAAAACUUUAAUUUAAACCAAUUUGAUUCAAAAGCUGUGAUAACUCAAACUGAGCAAAUAUGGCGGUUACUUCGACGAUGUGAGACACCGAUGAAGGAUGUUACCAUGGCAGUAGAAAAGAAAGCGCUCGCUGACAGGGGUUUCUUCCAGAAAGCUUCUUUGGGAAUAGGGGCAGUUUGUGCAGGUCGUUUCUUGUGGUCGUUAUGGCAAGGUGAGGAUCAAGAACAACUAAUAAACGCAGCUUUGUGGUCGGUUGGUACGGGUGUUUCUGGUGCAGUUUUACAGAUACCACGAGCACGUGCAGAUAGAAUACUAGAAGAACUAGCACGACAGAAAGGAAAGAAAGAAGACUUGCAGGACAUACUUAAACAUUGGCUUAUAGAAUCAGACGGUCUUUGUGCAAAGUUGGUCCUUUACUCUUCUUUUAGCGGAAAACAAUUCUAACACGAAAGUUGACUGAGAAAUUGAAGCUUAUUUAUUAACACGCAUUUAUAUCAUUUCAAUGUUCUUAUUAACUUAUUGUAUUCUUCUGAUAUAUAGUAUUUGAAUGAAAUGAUAUUGUAACAAUUUUCUUGCCAUAAAGUUCAGUGGAAUCCAUCAAUGGCCAUUUGUUAUUUCCCUUUUUCUUUGCUUUGUGAGCUUCACUCAAUGUAGUGCACAUUGACUUUAAUGUGAAACAUAUUUCGGUAACAAAUAUACAUGUUCGACUGUUUUUAAAUUAUUUUUAAUUAAUAUCGGGUGUUUUUUUUAAAUUAUUUCUAAUAUGAUGUAUAGAUAAGAAUAGAAACGAGGUGUUAUGUGUUUUAUCUUGUUCAGUGUAUCUAUAAUGUGUGAAUGUAUUUUUUAAAUGAAUUUUUUUUUAUUUUAGAAUAAAAUAUUGUCAUAAGUCAUUUAAGGGUUUAUCAAGGUCGAAGUGAAAUAUUUCUUAAAGUAAGAUAAAGCUAUAGAAUAUGGCAUAGGAUAAGAGUUAAGGAUUUCUUAGAAACGAGGUGUUAUGGGUUUUAUUUUGGUCAGCGUAUCUAUUAUGUCUGAAUGUAUCUUUUUAAAAUGAAAACUGUUUUAUUCAAAACUAAAAUAUUGUCAUAAGUCAUUUACGGGUUUAUAAAGGUCGAAGUGUAAUAUUUGUAAAGUAGAACAAAGCUAUAGAAUAUGGCAAACGAUAAGAUUUUAGGAUUUCUUGACGGGUUGUACUCGGUGUCCGAUUGGUUAGUGUUUAUUUAUAAUUAGUAAGAUUUGGCAGACGAUAAGAUUUUAAAAUUUCUUGACGGGUUGUACUCGGUGUCUGAUUGGUUACUGUUUCUUACUCGGAAACGCUCUUCUUCUCAACGCCAUUGGUUAUGAUUUCGUAAGGGACUUUUCGGUUGUGUACCAUGUAAGUAAGCUGGACUGGUAGCUUAAAGUAAGUUGGUGAUUCUUAUAUCCGUCGCUCAACAUAUAGCACAUAGGGACACAACUUGUGUCUUUUUCGUCCAACGAUGUUGUAAGUUCGACAUAAGACUUUUACUGCGUUAGUGCUGCGUUAAUGUUCGUCAAAUUAUGUCAUUCUUUUCGUUAUUGUUAACAAAUGAAUGUUUUAUUGAAAACUUAGUUAUGGAUGUAUAACAAUGCUCUAUCUUUUUUGAUAAAUCGUAAUAUUUGUAACAUCAUUUUUUUCAUUGUUAGGUCAGUACAUGAAAAUUCGUACAUGGUAGUUAAAGUAAGCAAGCACGCUGGAAAUAAGUCCUAUAUUUUUAGCGUUUUUUUUCUAACCAAAGCAUUCUUUUAGGCGAAAUAUAUUUCUUCUCUGGUGAGUUCAGUAGGAUAUGUUAUUUUAAAUAUACCUUAAUUAAUUCAAAUUAAACAUGCUUGCAUUCGUCGAAAAUUUUCGUUAUAAAACAUGUAUUUGGGAAAUAAUUAUUUUUCCUAGAUAACGUGAUAUGUCACGAAAUCCACCUACUCUACUACGUGAUAAAAUGCCAUUGCAAACGUGUCACCGCUACUUUAAACGUUAUAACAUGCAUGUAAAAUAGAGAAACUGUUCAUUCUCUUAUCUAUAAGUAUGUUAAAGUAAAUAAAUCACUGCUUAUAACUUACUUGCAUAUUAAUGUAAUGUAUUUAUAUGAAUAAUUUCAUCUAAUAUAUUAAUCUAUACAAUGGACUGAUGUUAAAUGUUGUUACACGAUCUUUAGGAUUUUCCUGAAAAUAUAUAUGUUUGGUUUCUAAUUGUUUAACUGCUUUGGGGUUGAAUGGUGAAUAAAUGUAAUUGACCUUAUUUUUAACCCGCUUUAUAGAACGUAUAUGAGGCUAAUAAAGACUUCACGUGUUGAAAUAAUCCUAACAAUACAAAUGAUGACAGUAUUACAAUAUAAGCGUUAUGAAAUGAAAGUUCAUAUUUCUCAGUACAAGCUGAAUUACAAUUGCUAAUGUGUAUAAUUAUCAAUAUGUUUAUAAUCUUCUCCUAAGCUUGAAUCUAAACUUGAGCUUAUAGGAUAAUGACUAGUAAUCUAUGAAUUGCUGGCCGUCUGAGUUCAAACCCCGUCAAGGGCAAGCCGCAUUUACCGUGAGCAAGAAACUUUACACUUAUUUCUUAGUAACGGUUGCUUCGUUAACGGAUUCGAGAGUGUUUCAAUAAAUUUGUAGCUUGCAACAUAAUCGACCUUAAAUAAAUUCUGUAUAUUAAACUAAAAACAAUUGAAAAUGUAAAUUAAACAUUCUAUAAACAUGCAAUUUUGAAACAAUGACACAUGCCAAAUUUUAUUUUUUCAUAUGAUUAUUAUAAUUGUUAAAUAUUAUAAAAUUAUAGUAUCCUACUAGGUGAAAAGUGUUUACGACCGACGCAAAAAGUUUGCACCAAAACAAAUGUCUGUUUGUUGAUUGUUUUUGUUUUAUAUUUAAUUUAUUAACUAAAGAACAUUGACAGUGUUUUUGCUUCAUAUGUCAACGUGCCAUGUUUAUCUACAGUUCAUGAAGCUUUAGAAAGUGCUACAUUACAUAAAAAAUGCAUUUUACAUUGUGUAAAAUUAAAAACUCGUGCACAAUAUUGUUAAAAGAUUAACAUACAGACUUAUUUGUUUUAUCAAUGCAAAAGUUUACAUACCCAUUGUAAUGGUAUUAAUUUAUUCUACUGUUUUAUUUAAUGACUAUUUCAUUAUUUUGUUAUACGAAGACGAGCAUUAUGUACUAGUUAGUACCUUCCGACAUCUAUAUGUAUAUAUAUUAUUUUCAUAUUCAUAAAUGUAUGUCGGCAGUCAUAUUUGAAUGAAAGAACGCCGAACAAUUUUCAUCGUUAACCCAUUACUUCAUGAGCAUUUUGUGAAAAAUGGCUGUUUUCAUUGAAAAGUCUCCCGUUACAAGUUCAUAUUGCUAUAAUACUAUAAAAACUGCUUCAACACUAAUCAAACUUGGCACAAAUGUUGACUGGACCGUUGCCCUUGCAACAACAUGCUCAGGCUUAAAUUUUCUGUUACCAUGGCAACGAGAGGACAUCUCAAAAUUGCCAAAAAUCACUAUUUUGCGUUGAUUUUUUCCAUCAAAAUUGAUUUCAAAGUGCUGCAACUUCUAAAUGGGUUGAGAUAGAGUCAAAUGCUUUUCAGCGUUGGUUACACGUUACCUUAUGAUCAAUCUGCGGUCAUUUAUAGCCUCUCACAAGUCCAAAAUUUUCUUGGCGAUGAGGGGGACUCCGCCCGCCUUCAAACCCCCCAAACAGAAGGGGGGCACAUCCCCCUUCUGGCAACCCCCUUAUGUAUCUUUUGGGUGGGGGGCCGCGCCGAAAAAGAGGUCACUUUUUUGAACAACAUUUCUCAAACAAAAACAAGUGUUGGGUGCCUAAAUAAGGCAUUUUUUCAUCAUUUAAGACAACAAAAAGGGGGGGGGGUGAAAAGGCGUUAAAAGGCGUGUAUAUGACGUAAUGGGUUAAAUGACCUUACAACUAAGUAAAAUAUAGUACUUAGAGUAUAACACUUAUCUCCCCUGUUGGGUUACUGUCAAAAUGAUAAUCACAUACGUUUAAGGUGAUAAAUAUUAUUAAUUUUAAAUUGUACAUUUAAUAAAUAAUUUAAAUUUAAUUUUAAACAUGUUCUGUAGUGGAAUUAAACUAGAACGAUUCAUGUAUUAUAUAG